AUGGCCGCCGCAAGCCAGCGGCACCAGAAGCCCUGGAGGAGGGGGACCAGACAACCGGAGAGCGAGGAGCCGCUCGAAUGCGUAGGCCGGCAGCUGGCUGAGCCAGGGAAGUUUGCCUACGUGGCUCUCUGUGCCAUAUCGUUGGCAUCCCUGUUUCCCGAACCAGAAGACAGCUCCUACAGGACAGAAGUAAUCGAAAGCCUGGUCAAGUGGCUGGAGCUCUCGGAAGCUGUCUUGCCCGCCAUGCUGGCGUUUGCGGGCGGCUUGGGCGGCGAGGGGACAGAUACCUUUGUUCGGAUCCUCUUGAGCGAGCCUGUCUUGAAAGGGAACCCCAACGUCAUCACUCAGGAUCUCGUGGCCUUUUCUCUGAAGGAUGGCCACUAUGAUGCCCGGGCACGGGUGCUCCUCGCUCACGUCACCUGGCUGCUGCAGAUUCCCCUGGUGGAGUUGGAGGCCUCAGAGGAACGUCUCCUGGAAUGCCUGAAUGAAGAAGAGGAGGAGGAAUCCGAAAUGGCAGAGGCAUCACGGAAGAAGAAGGAGAGAAGGAAACGGCUGAAGAGGUACCUCCUGAUCGGCUUGGCAACUGUCGGGGGUGGGACGGUGAUAGGUCUGACGGGGGGGCUUGCCGCCCCUCUGGUAGCAGCCGGAGCAGCAACCAUUAUCGGGAGCGCGGGGGCAGCCGCCCUGGGAUCGGCCGCUGGGAUUGCUGUCAUGGCGUCUCUGUUCGGCGCUGCCGGAGCUGGACUCACAGGUUACAAGAUGAAGAAGCGCGUGGGGGCGAUUGAGGAGUUUGAGUUCCUCCCAUUAACAGAAGGGAAGCAGCUCCACGUCACUGUGGCCAUCACCGGCUGGCUGUCCACGGGGAAAUUCGGGAGUUUUACAGCUCCGUGGAGCAGCUUGCUGAGUUCCAAAGAACAAUACUGCUUAGCCUGGGAGUCCAAAUACCUCAUGGAACUGGGCAAUGCCCUCGACUCUCUGUGGAACGGAUUAGUCAACAUGGUGGCCCAAGAAGCCCUGAAAUACACCGUCUUGGCGGGUAUCGUCACGGCCCUCACCUGGCCCGCUUCGCUGCUCACGGUUGCCAGCGUGAUCGACAACCCCUGGGGAGUGUGUUUGCAUCGCUCGGCCGAAGUAGGGAAGCAUCUGGCUCAGAUUCUGCUCAGCCGGCAGCAGGGCAGGCGGCCUGUGACUUUGGUUGGCUUCAGCCUGGGCGCCAGAGUGAUUUACUUCUGCCUCCAGGAGAUGGCCAAGGAGAAAGACUGUAAAGGGAUCAUUGAAGACGUAGUCUUACUGGGGGCACCUGUGGAAGGAGAAGCCAAGUCCUGGAAGCCAUUCACCAAGGUCGUUGCGGGCAAAAUCAUCAACGGCUAUUGCAGAGGAGACUGGCUGCUGAGCUUUGUCUACCGGACAUCCUCCGUUCAACUCAACGUCGCGGGGCUUCAGCCGGUGACCCUGGACGACCGGAGGAUGGUGAACAUGGACCUCUCCUCCGUCGUGAGCGGCCACUUGGACUACAUGAAGCAGAUGGACACGAUCCUGAAGGCUGUGGGCGUCAAAACCAAGCAGCGCUGCCUGGAGGAAGGGGGAACUCUUGCUCUUCUCUCCACCAAGACCAUGGAAAGUCCGGAGCCGGCACAGCACAAUGAUGCUCCUGCAGAGCCGAGCAUGCUGGGACAGGAAGAGACUGAAGAUGUGCUCCGCGAUGCCCCCUGGUUGUGGGAGCCGGUUUCUAAUUGUGACUUGUGCCCACAGGACUCGACACAGGGGGUGGAUUCUGAACUAAGAGAGAACUCACAAGCCCAAGAGAAAGAGAGCCAGCCCAGUGGAGAAAAUCCUUUUCCCUCUGAGUCUUCAUGCUCCUCUGAUCAACAUCAGAUAACUGGUCAUGGUGCUUGUACUGCCAAUCUUCUUUCCUCAUCGUCCAGAUAA